GAGAGGCCCCAGGGUGGAAUGUCCCCUUCCUCAGGUGUACCGGCGAGGCGGGGCGGCAGCUGGCACCUCCGAGAGGGAACUCGUAAGGGAAUUUGUCUUCCCGGUUCACGAAGGAUUUUUGUUCAAGUUGUCACUUCUGUCUACCAGGGAAGAGAUGAUGGUGGUGCUACUCCAGUACAGGACGAGCGGGAUUCAGGGUCAGAUGGUGAGGAAGAUGUAAAUGAGCAGCACUCCGGAUCGGACACUGGAAGUGUAGAUCGGCAUUCAGAGAAUGAAACUAGUGACAGAGAAGAUGACUUGAACAAGAGACAAAAUGGAACAGACUCUGAGAAUGAUGAGCCCUACAAACUUAAUGCUAGUGACUCUGAGAGUGAGGAACUUCACGGGACAAAGGACAGUGACUCUGAAUCUGAGGAACAUGCAGAGUCUCCUGCUAGUGAUUCUGAAAAUGAAGAUGUCAACCAGCAUGGGAGCGACUCUGAAAAUGAAGAGCUUCUUAAUGGGCAUGCAAGUGACUCAGAAAAGGAAGAGGUUAGAAAGCAUGCUGCCAGUGACUCUGAAGCCGAGGACACUCUGCAGCCUCAGGGCAGCGAGUCUGACAGUGAAGAUCCCCCAAGGCCCCAGGCCAGUGACUCGGAAAAUGAGGAGCCUCCCAAACCUCGUAUAAGUGAUUCAGAAAGUGAGGAACUCCCCAAACCUCGGAUCAGCGACUCAGAAAGCGAGGAGCCUCCAAGGCCACAGGCCAGUGACUCGGAAAGUGAGGAGCUCCCCAAACCCCGAGUUAGUGACUCAGAAAGCGAGGAGCCUCCAAGGCCACAGGCCAGUGACUCGGAAAGUGAGGAGCUCCCCAAACCCCGAGUUAGUGACUCGGAAAGCGAGGAGCCUCUGAGGCCACAGGCCAGUGACUCAGAAAGUGAGGAGCUCCCCAAACCUAGAGUUAGUGACUCGGAAAGCGAGGAGCCUCCGAGGCCACAGGCCAGUGACUCGGAAAGCGAGGAGCUCCCCAAACCCCGAGUUAGUGACUCAGAAAGUGAGGAGCCUCAGAAAGGACCUGCUAGUGACUCGGAAGCUGAGGAUGCCUCCAGACACAAAGACAAGCCAGAGUCGGAUGAUAGUGAUGGAGAGAAUAAAAGGGAAGAUUUGGAAAUGCAGAAUGAGUCAGAGGACCACACAAUCAGAAAAAGACUGCACAGCUCUGACAGUGAGGAGGAGGAACCAAAAAGGCAGAAAAUGGAUAGUGAUGAAGAUGAAGAGAAGGAGGGGGAUGAGGAGAAAGUAGCAAAGCGGAAGGCUGCUGUGCUUUCUGAUAGUGAAGACGAAGACAAAGCAUCAGCGAAGAAGAGUCGAGUUGUCUCUGAUGCUGACGACUCUGAUAGUGAUGUCAUAUCAGAUAAGUCAAGCAAAAGAGAGAAGACAGCAGCAUCUGAUAGUGAAGAAGAAGUAGGAAAAGAAGAAUUGUCUGUAAAGAAGAAUGAAGAGAAGGAUCUAUUUGGGAGUGAUAGUGAAUCAGGCAAUGAAGAAGAAAACCUUAUUGCAGAUAUAUUUGGAGAAUCUGGUGAUGAAGAGGAAGAGGAAUUUACAGGUUUUAAUCAAGAAGAUUUGGAGGAAGAGAAGAGCGAAACCCAGCUAAAAGAAGCAGAAGAUUCUGAUUCUGAUGAUAACAUAAAGAGAGGAAAGCAUAUGGACUUUCUGUCGGAUUUUGAGAUGAUGUUACAACGAAAAAAAAGCAUGUGUGGCAAACGCAGACGAAAUCGAGAUGGGGGCACUUUUAUUAGUGAUGCAGAUGAUGUUGUGAGCGCCAUGAUUGUAAAGAUGAAUGAAGCUGCUGAGGAAGACAGACAAUUGAAUAAUCAAAAAAAGCCAGCACUGAAAAAAUUAACCUUAUUGCCUACUGUGGUUAUGCACCUUAAAAAGCAGGACCUUAAAGAAACAUUUAUUGACAGUGGUGUGAUGUCUGCCAUCAAAGAAUGGCUCUCACCUCUACCAGAUAGGAGUUUGCCUGCACUGAAGAUUCGGGAGGAAUUGUUGAAGAUUCUGCAAGAGCUACCUAGUGUGAGCCAGGAGACCCUGAAGCAUAGUGGGAUUGGACGAGCAGUGAUGUAUCUGUAUAAACACCCCAAGGAAUCAAGGUCCAACAAGGAUAUGGCAGGGAAAUUAAUCAAUGAGUGGUCUCGGCCUAUAUUUGGUCUUACCUCAAACUAUAAAGGAAUGACAAGAGAAGAAAGGGAGCAGAGAGAUCUAGAACAAAUGCCUCAGCGACGAAGAAUGAGCAGCACUGGUGGUCAGACACCACGAAGAGACUUGGAGAAGGUGUUGACAGGAGAGGAAAAGGCUCUUAGACCUGGAGAUCCUGGCUUCUGUGCCCGUGCUAGAGUCCCAAUGCCAUCAAACAAGGACUAUGUCGUCAGACCCAAGUGGAAUGUAGAAAUGGAAUCAUCCAGGAUGUAUGCUUUCAGCUGCUGCUCAUGCCUGUCCCCCGAUGUCUUCACUCUGUCAUCGUGGACUCCAACCCUCUGAAACCGUAAGCCCAAAAUAAACCACCUAUAAGUUACCUUGGUCGUGGUGUUUUAUCACAAUGAUAGAAAAGUAACUAAUAUGUAAGUUGGUACCAGGAGUGGGGACAAACUUGACCAUUUGGGGAACAAUGUGGAAGACUUUGGAGCUUUGGACUAGAAAAGCCAGUGGAUGCUGUAAGCAGAGCUUAAUGGGCCAUUCUGGUAGGAGCUUCCAAGAAAGUGCUGAAAGCACUGUGAGCUGUAGUGGCCUAGCUCAAGAGUUUUCAGAGGGGAACAAUAUAAGCAACUGAGCUGGAGACCAUUCUUAUAUUUGGCAAAGAAUAAGGUGGCUUUCUGCCCCUUUCCUAAGAACUUGCCUGUGGUUAAAUUUAAAAGUAAUAGACUAAUGUCUUUGGCAGAGAUUUCAAGACAGCCUAAUACUAACUCUGUUUUGUGGUUAUUAGGCAUUAUUUUUUUGCAGAUCUACAAUGAAGAGCAAAUAGGGCAGAAAGAUGCAAAAUGUAGAGUUUGGAGAGGAAAAGGAUACUGGCAAGGUUAAUGCUACAGCCAAGGCUUGUGCUGGAAGAGAGCCUGUAACUGUUAAGGGAGGCCAAAUAUGCAUUGGAAUGGACAGAAGGAUGCCUUAAGGGCACAGCCCCACUCAGCUGAAUUUCCACCUUAUGAAAGGAGAAGACCUAAGGAAUUAAUUAAAAGCUGUUACAAGUAUGACUCAAGGGAACCAGGAUUCAUGCCAAGUUGGUAACUGAACCUUGACAAUGUCAGCCAUCCAGUUCUGGCUUUAGAGUCAUGAAAGCUACACAUGUAAAGGUGUUAUAGAAUCUUCCUUUAAAGUUGAGAGACAUGGGAGCCAGGCAUAUGGAAGUAAAGUCUGAGUUGCACUAAAGACCACAAGAUUUAGAGGUACCAGAGCCAUGGGAUCUGCCAAGGAGAGCUUCCUACAAAAAAAAAAAAAAAAAAAAAUGGAACCCACCCUGAAAGCGAGAUCUGUCUUACAGGCAGCAAAGCCAAAAGGGGAAGGCCAUUUAAGCCCUCCAUCAGACAUGGAGCUACAGGAUUUGGAGGUUUACCCUGCUGUGUUUUGGCCUUGCUUUGGUGCAAUACUUCCUCACUAUGGCUCCUUUUCCUCAAUUUUGGAGUGGUAAUAUAUAUUCUGUGCCAUUAUAUGUUGGAAGUAUGUAAUUUGCUUUUGAUUUUACAGGGAGUUCCAAUUAAAAGAUUGCCUUGA